AUCAAAAAUCGAACUAUAGAAGGGACCAGGUUAGCUUACCUAACUCCAAAAGAGGAAAUGGGAAAGCUUCAUGAACAUUUCUUGGCGUAUUCAAUGAUGUUUGCUCGGCGUGAUCAGUUCGAUCCUUCCAUGGCCCCAUUUGUACACAGAAUAAUAGGUCCUGAAUGGUUUACUCGAAAAUUUCCACCAACAUCUCAAGAUCAGCAAACUGAAUCCAUGGAAAUUUGGGAAGCCUUUCUGACUCCAAGAUUAUUUUCCCACCGUCUUCGACCAUCAAAGGGUCAAUGUAUCCUCAUGUGUUAUCAACCAAAUUUGGUCUCGAGGCAGUUUGGGCUAACUCAAAUAACACCCAAGUGCUUAUAUGAGAAAAGGAAUCAUAUGUGUUUCCACACUUUGUAUCUGACUGAAGAAGAAUGUGAACGAAAAAUCAACAAAUAUACUGGCGUCGCCAACCUUUCUCCUAUUCCUUUCGAACCUUCUUUUUACUCUACACCAGAUUUUCAUCAAUGGUGGACAGAGUAUUAUAGCUCUCAAAUUUUUGAUGCUGAUAGCCUUGCUCAAGAACUAACCGCAGCUUUCACUGAUGUGCAGGAGAACUUCAAAAAAGUCUCAACUACAGCUGUUGCACGAAGGAGGAAGAUUAAAGAAGCUUCUGCCCCAAAAGAGUCUGAGACAUCUAAAAGCGACAAACCAAACGAAAGUGAUUCGAUCGUCACGGAUAAGAAGCCCACGGUAAAUACUUAUCUCAUACUCUAAAUCUUGUACAAUUCUGUGAUUGGUACUCAUCUUUCUCAUCUUUCACUUG